AUGCUGCGUCGACGCAGCCUCAAGUCCAGCUCGGAUCUCAAACGCCGCAAGUCUACCUCUUCGACACGUGGGGUCCAACUAGAACACAUUGAUCCUGUAUUGGCCCAGCGGGACGCCCAGAUCGCUGCCUGUCAAGCCUACACCCGGGCACAAAACCGAGCGAACGCAGAGAUGUCCCUCUUUCCCCCGACCCCCGAAUCACUACCCACCCGCCAGGGAUCCAAACGCAACAGCCAGGGCCGGGAUGACAUUGGCUCCUCUCAACUCAACCGUGAGGGCGAACAAGGCCUUCGCCGUCAGCAGAGUGUGCGUUUCGUGGGCCCAUGUUCUAUGCAAGGGAAGAAAUCGGCAGGCGCACUCGGGGCCGAGGCUGGAACCACCUUGAGAGACCACAAGUCAGACUUCAUUGCUAUGCACGAUGAUUGUGGCGGCCACAGCGUCCAAAGCUACAUUCUCGGAAACGACAUUCAACUGCCGAGCCAGUCAUUUCACCAACCACGCAGGGCACCACCUCCAGUUCCCGUGACCGUGAUGGCAGCCGACUACCUGAACGUCAUGGCAGCCGAGGAGGAAAGCUAUACCCCUGAAGACGACAAAGCAUCGGUUCCAUCAUCAUACCGCCGUCUUCGCAGGUCUAGAUCGAUGUUUAGCUCCGAGACUCAAAGUAUCAGACGGGAUCAAGACACUCCCACACCAGUCAUGAAUGGGAAGUCUCUCAACUCGCGGCCGUUGCCCGGGUCACAAACCCGCCGACUCUUUCACUCCGAGCCGAAGCAACCAAAGGUAGAAAUGUCCGUUCCACAGCUGCGAGCCCCAAAGUCAAUGAGCUUUCUUCGAAAUCGGCACCUUCUUCGGUCCGGGUCUAGCAGCCGUCGUGAUAACAGCACCAGGGUUGCAUGUGUGAUGGAAGCUUCUGAUGUAGAGGAUGAGCUGUCUGAGGCAGUUGAGCAUGGCAACAAUAACCCUCCCGGUCCCAAGUCGGCAGUACUGUUUGGGUCAAGGAGUCGAAGAGGCGGAUCAGGGAUGCGCAAGUCGCUUCGCAGCAGCAGCUCAGAGUCACCGCCACCAGAGAAGGCGCCGCCUGCUCUGGUCGAGAAGCCAGACGGCCUCAAACACAAAGCUAGGAAGGUUUCCAAAUCUUUCAGGACCAAGCUCAAGAGUUUCUUCAGUCUAUCCAGGUCCGAGGAAGAACCGCCGUCUAUUCCGAGCCAGCACAUCGAAGCCCAAAAGACACACGUGAUUGAGAGCUUCGGAAACGCUAUAACCCAUACGUUGAACACUGAUGAUGUCCAGAACGACUAUGACUGGAGACCGAUUCACAACGUCCCGUCCAAGAUUCCUUCCCUCCAAAAUGUACCGCCAAAUCUUCAUCACUCCAACAAGGGCAGCCUGGAAAGUCUCAGGAGCGAAAUUCAGAGAGACCGCCAGGUCUCGGAAGAGUCUGCUUUGACAAGCUGGGUACACUCUGGCCCCAGUACACUGACAAGUCAACAACAGCAGCAGUGGAGGGAGUGGGAGAGGCAGCGCCUUUCCGUUAUCAAGGAGAAUGGCAUGCACGCCCCGUCCUCUUCUGUCAGAAGAAAGGCGUUGGAUGCUCGCCUAUUCGAACAGCCGACAAACGGCAGCACUAUCAGUGCCAUACCUGACACAGUGAUUGUCGACAGCCAACGCGUCUACUCAGCUUUGGUGAAACGAAUGAAAACUCUCAAUGAGCAAGUCACACAAGCAGUCGAACAGCAACCUAGGGCAGCUUGGGAUUUUCGGGAGACUGCACCAGUUAUUCCCGUCAUGGAUUCAGAGUCAACACCGGUAGUAUCACAGCUUGGGGGAAACAAGGAGAGCACAAACACCCCGGAUGAUUUACCUGACACUCCCACCCGUGUCUCACGGAAAACCAAUCCUGGCGACAGACAGAGGCUUGGUAUUCAAGGAAUCGCCGGCUCUCACCGUGGGUAUGUCGACAAAGCUAGGAGAGAAGCCAUGGGAAUCUGCGCCGCCUUCCACGUUGGGAGAUCUAUCCUUGGUUCCACAGACAGCGAUGGGUCUGUGACGGGAAUUCCUGAGCCAUCGGGAAAAGACGGAUUGCCAUUGUUUGCACCGACAACAUAUCAUGAGGACUCGACAGCAGAGAGAAGUGGUUCCAAGGGAGAUUUGGGGUCUUUGGGAAGCCCCAACUCUCACUUAUUCAGAACAGGCAGUCCUUACCGCCAAGCUCUUCAGCGGACGAUGCAGGAAGAUCAGAGGGCUUGGAAUCGACCAGUUCCUGUCUACAUCUCUAACAGUCUGGAGUCAGACGACUGCACGCAGAUACGUGCUCCACAGGGGAAGGGCCGACGAUCGGGAACCGACUCGGGUUCCGAGAAGGAUGAGGAUUAUACGGAGAGCAUAUACUCAACAGACGAGGCGGAAACAGUCCCGGCCCAUGCGACAUUGGGUGACAGCACAAGCGAUCAAGAUUCAAAGGUUGUGGGUAGUCAUCUGCCACAGCCCCCAGUCACGUACCAACCCGCCGGCUAUCGAGAGAGCUCAUCGGUCAGCUCGGUGGACUGGAAGACGUGGUUAUCAGCCAACAUAGCCAAACUCGAAUCGUCGCCCACCCCUAUCAAGCCUGCAGAGGUUGAGUUUGCCUUGCCAACCAUGCCCAAGAACUUUUCUCGGGGGCAUAUUCGGGAGGCCGCCCAACUUUACAAUGAUGACGACGCCGACUAUUUUGAGCUUCCCACGCGAAAGCCAACGCUUCCUACGACGCCACUUGCGCCUGUGGAGCCAAACAUUUUGAAACUGUUUCCUACUCAGAGGUCUGUCAAGCGAACUACACCACCGUCAGCCAUGGGUAAGACGCUUCAGGAAAAUGACAGCCCCAGUGGGCCACCCCCCAUCCCUGCUCGGAGUGCAUUGCGGCCUUCUCCGUUGAAGAUUUCACGGCCCGGCACAGGAAGGUCAACGACUGCGCCAUCGAUUAGUUCGAGCCCGGGCUUGACAGCAGCAGUACAGAAGCAGUUUGGGCCUGUGUCGGGGUAUAAUGGACGAGGGCUUAGUCACCGCCCGAGUGGGAAGUUGAGAGAAGGGACGCCAAGUAGUGCCGGGACUCGGGCAUUUAUAUGA